AGGCAUUAACUUAAGCGAAAUUUCUGUAAUUCCGAAAAUAAGAAAAAAGGUUGACCCAAAAAUGAUGAAAAAACAAAAACAAUAGUUGGAGAGUGUUUGUAUUUGGUAAAUUGGUAGACAUAUUGAAGUGUUACAGUAGAUAGAUAGAAGCUAAGAAAAAAGGGAUUUUAGAAGUUAGUGUUGAGUGAGAAGAGAAUGGCGAUGGCGGGGUUAUAUCGACGCCUUCUUUCUUGUCCCCCCGCUGUCGAAUUCGCUUCUUCACAAGGCAAGCAACUUUUUCUAGAAGCCAUUCAGAAUGGAACAAUGGAGGGGUUUUAUAAGUUGGUUUCCUAUUUUCAAACACAAUCUGAGCCUGCUUUUUGUGGCCUCGCUAGCUUGUCUAUGGUCCUCAAUGCUCUUGCCAUUGAUCCUGGCAGGAAGUGGAAAGGGCCUUGGAGAUGGUUUGAUGAAUCUAUGUUGGACUGUUGUGAACCUCUAGAAAUGGUCAAAGUUAGGGGCAUCUCUUUUGGGAAACUUGUAUGUUUGGCUCAUUGUGCUGGAGCAGAAGUUGAAGCCUUUCAUGCUAGUCAUAGCAGCAUUGAGGAUUUUCGUAGAUAUGUCAUUGAGUGUUCAACUUCUGAUGACUGUCAUGUGAUCUCGUCAUACCAUAGAGCUGCUCUCAAACAAACAGGAAAUGGCCACUUUUCUCCUAUUGGAGGCUAUCAUGUUGGGAAGGACAUGGCACUUAUUUUGGAUGUUGCACGUUUUAAGUAUCCUCCCCAUUGGGUCCCCCUUACACUUCUUUGGGAAGGCAUGAAUUAUGUUGAUGAGUCUACUGGACAAUCUAGGGGGUUCAUGCUUAUAUCAAGGCCUCACAGGGAACCUGGCAUGCUUUAUACUCUGAGCUGCAAACAUGAGAGCUGGAUUAGUAUUGCGAAAUUCCUAAUGGAUGAUGUUCCUCUUCUAUUAAAAUCAGAGGAUGUGAAAGACAUUCAUCAGGUUCUUUCAAUUAUAGUCACAUCACUUCCGUCUAAUUUUGAAGAAUUCAUCAAGUGGGUUGCAGAGAUCAGGAGGCGAGAGGAUGGUGGUCCAAGUUUAAGUGCAGAGGAGAAAGCAAGGCUUGUUGUCAAGGAAGAGGUAUUGAAACAGGUUCAAGAGAGAGGACUUUUCAAACAUGUAUCCUCCUUUUUGUCAAAUUCUUGCAGCAGACAGACACCAACUUCAGGUGAUGGAGACACGCUACCUGUCAUUGCUGCAAGUGUUUGUUGCCAAGGAGCAGAAAUUUUGGGUGGGAAACCAAGCUCAUCAUCAGGGUAUUGCUGUCAAGAAACAUGCAUGAAAUGCUGGAAAGCUGAAGAUGACAAACCAAUAACAAUGGUUUCUGGGACUGUGGUAAAUGGCAAGACUGAACAAGGGUUAGAUGUGCUGAUUCCUUCAUCAUCUGGGAAAUUAUGUUGCACUUGCUCUAACCCAAGUAAGUACAUUAGAAUGCACCCAGCUAGCACUGAUGUGCUGACAGUGCUUCUACUGUCCUUACCAUCUACAACAUGGGCUGGCAUCACAAAUGAGCGGCUUUUGACAGAAAUACAUAGUCUGGUUUCAAUUGAAAACCUUCCAACUUUGCUUCAGGAAGAGGUUCUGCACUUGAGACGUCAGUUACACCUUCUCAAGAGAUGUGAAGAGGGUAAGGUAGAUGAGGAUCUUGGUUCCCCUCUCUCUUAGCAUCUCCCUCAUUUUUCCAUCAUUCAUAUCAAGGAACCAGUGUCUCUUGACAGUGUAAUUUAUAUUAUAGAAGCUGGAAUACGUUCACAUUGCUUUAUAACACGUCGGGUAGCAUAGAAUCACUUAAAUUGGCGCAUAAUUGAUAGAUUAUUUUGUUUUAGUUUUUAUAUUCGUUAGUCAUUUGACCUGUUAGACAAGUCGCCUUGUUCUAGCAAGCAACUAUUCUAAAUGUAUUUCCCAAUUCACGUUGCAUUUUACUAUAUAUAUAUAUAAAAUAAGAUCCUCAGG